AUGGAGGACUUUCUUUGUGGAAAAAGGACUGUCCCGUACACCAGCAUUGAAAGCAUACUGCAGGCGACAGCAGGUAUGGCUACAGCGUCUUUUGAGCGUGCGAACUAUCCCUAUACGCCACUCAAUGAAGGCGAAAUCCGCAUACUUGGGGUGGAUCGUACAGGCCGGGGCGAUCACAAGAUGUUCUCACAUGUUCCCCUCCUGUAUCUCUCGGAUGAUGCGCAAUCUGACCAUUGGGCCCUCUCCUACACCUGGGGCGACACCGCCGCCACCAAAGAGAUUCGUAUCGAUGGUCACACGGCUCAUAUCUCCCACAGCCUGCACGAUGCACUAGCUGCAAUUGUCAAAGCCCACAUGUGGCAGAACAUGCGUUUGAACAAGCCUGGAUCGAGAUAUUUGCUCCUCUGGGCCGAUCAGAUCUGUAUCAACCAGGAUGACAUCGCCGAAAAGAAUCGGCAGGUCGCCAUGAUGACCCAGAUCUAUCAGAAAGCGGAGCUCGUAUUGGUUUGGCUUCCCAGCGGUCGCAAACAUCGAAAUUGCGGCACGUCGACCUGGUUGAGAUGGUUGUGUGGAGAUGGCAAACCCCGAGGUACGUCACGGGUUCGAGAGCCGGAGACUGCAGAGCGCUGGGACCAGAUUUUGGACAUCGUACAGAACACCUGGUGGGGAAGAGCGUGGAUCUAUCAAGAGUUUAUGCUUGGAAAGAAGGUCACUUUCCUGGUUGAUACUCAUCUGAUUUCUUGGACACAACUUCGAGCGCUUCUGCAAUUCUAUCAGGCUGAGCUCACGCUGUCAGCGGACGUUGAAAAUGGCGAGCAUGACACAGCGAAACAGAAGCUCGCCCAGGAUUGGCCAAGAUCGUUCUUCUUUCGCUGUCACCUCUGCCACCGGGUCAAGGGCAUUUGGCUACUACAGCUGCUGUUUCGAGACCCAUCAAUCUGGUGGACUCUUUUGCUCUGUUUACUCACCCUCUGGUUCCUUCCAGAGGGCAUGUGGCGUAAGACGGUCGCAUAUGUAAUUGCGAGCAACACUUGCCAUUCGCGGAGAUCAAUCUUGAACUUUUAUUCCAAGAUCUCGCGCUGUGAAUGCGUUGUUGGCCCAGACGACAACCCAACUGCGUCUUACUGUCCAAGGCUUGCCAGAUGGAAGCAGCGGGAUUUCUACUAUAAAUGGCUGCUGUCCAUUAUGAUAGAUAGGGUUAGCUGGUGGCAAGUGUAUAUGAUCUUCUUACACGGCUUUGUGGGCAUGAUUUUGGCGGCAUAUGGUCAUACACAGAUGGGAAAAUUUCAGUUUGGCAUUUCGCUCAUGGCGGCAUCGAACAUCUGGAUGGCUAAGCUGCCAGAACGUGAAUACAACGACAGCACAGCAGAAAUUAUACGCUUACCCGAGUGUUCCUCAUGGGAGAACAUAGAUGUACAAACUCGACGUUUCUGGAAGCUUGCUUUGUCUAUCCUAGACCAGCGCGCAGCCGGACCGGCUUCCUUGACUUUGUCGACCGUCAUUGAGCAUGCCAGAAUCACCAGAAGCUCAGAUCCCCGAGAUAAGGUGUAUGCGUUUCUUGGACUGAUGGGCUUUGCUGCCUACCAAUUCAACGUGGACUACGCCAAGUCUAACAAGAUCGAGGACGUGUUAACCGAAGCCGCAGAACAGAUCGUGGCAGUAGAUGGACGCCUUGACUUCCUGCGGCUUGCAAUCGAGGACCGGGCAAACGGAUUCGAUGACGGUGAGCUACCCUCAUGGGUACCAAAUUGGUCAAGACCACGCGUGGUUCCACGAAGUUCCGAGAAUCACCACACCUCACUCGAGGACUUAAAGACACAACUUGAUGGCUUUCGUAAGGAUAUGCCCUGGGUCUGUCGCUUCAUAGCACAUCGGUCCGGGUACACGAAUCCUGCCAUCACGUUCCGGACUCUCCGCAACGGCCGACGUGUUCUCCAAGUCCAAGCUCUACAAAUUGAUACGCUUGGUCGGGCUGUGGAUCGGUACAUUUUUUUUGGGCAGCGAUUUGGCCAUGCUGACAUCUCACCCUCGAAUACUCGCGUCUUCGCCGGAGACGAAGUCUGGCUAGUACUCGGCUCUGAAAUGCUUCUCAUCCUUCGGAACACGCGUUUAAUAUCCGCUUCAGAGUACGUAUUUGGCACCACAAAUACCAGAAUUGUCGCCGAAAAUCUCCCAAGGGCAGCUGGUGCACUUCGAACUGCAACGUACAAGCUAGUGGGUGAAGCAAUGACCUUCGCAACACUUGCAGAUUUUGCGCAGACCCUWACCGGGGGGCAGGGAGGGAAAGCCCUCCCCCAAGUGAUCAGCAUUCGCUGA